GGUGAGGAUGGAUCAAACGGACGGAAGGAUUAAAAGACCUAUGAACGCUUUCAUGGUUUGGUCGAGGAUCAGGAGGAAGAGGAUCAGCUCCGAUUAUCCGCGUCUUCACAAUUCGGAGAUAUCCAAAGUUUUGGGAGCAGAAUGGAAGCUUCUCACCGAAUUCGAGAAGAGGCCCUUCAUCGAUGAAGCGAAGCGUUUGAGGAAUCAACACAUGCUGGAUCAUCCCGAUUACAAGUACAAGCCAAGGCGGAAACCAAAAGUUGAUAAAACCAGAAUCCCAGAAGAAAAGGUGCAAGAAAAAGCUGAGAUUCAAAAUAAUUUUAUACAGAUCGACAAGCUUUCGUUGCCUUCGUACGGUUCUCUCAAUGUGAACGCUCUGCAGCAAACCGCGCUGAUAAGGGCUUCUAUUUACGGAUACGAUUUGGGUCAGAAUGUGUACUUUCAGCACGUGCAAUAGCCUUUCUCUAAUUGGAAACUAAACUGAAGUCUGUCCGUGAAAUCACCUGAACAGCUAAUUGGAUUUUUAUCUUAAUCAAUAUGUUCUUUAUCUUCUCUUCUCAAGAUCCGAUGUCGCUCUGUCAAAUCAUUUCACCUACAGAUUAGAUAAAGGAGAAACACGAAUUUGUUGCAAAAAAUAUAUAUUUUAUUACAUUUUUUUA